UGGGAUUGGAAGCAGUGACGUUAUCCGCUGUCGGAAAGAGGGAGGGCUGGACUCCAUUAAUCCGAACCCUGCUGCUGCUGCUGGGAGAACUGUUUGGGAUACUUCACUUCUUCGGCGACUUCUUCGCGGGUGUGGGAUUUACUUUCUGCUUUUAUCGCUUCUCCAAGACUUUAUUCAUGAUUUAAAAGCAGGAAGAGUUGUUCCGUACCGUGUACUCGACUGUUUUCGUGUCCUGUUUUCCCUCGUCUUUGUGAAGGAUGGCACUGGAUGGGAUCCGGAUGCCCGAUGGCUGCUACGCUGAUGGGACAUGGGAGUUGAAGAUGCAUGUGACCGACCUCAACAGGGACGUGUCUCUGAGGGUCACUGGGGAAAUCCACAUCGGUGGAGUUAUGCUCAAACUUGUCGAGAAACUAGAUGUGAAGAAGGACUGGUCAGAUCACGCCCUGUGGUGGGAAAAGAAGAAGACAUGGCUGCUGAAAACCCACUGGACAUUGGACAAGUAUGGCAUCCAGGCCGACGCCCGGCUGCUCUUCACGCCGCAACACAAACUGCUGCGCCUGCAGCUGCCCAACAUGAAGCACAUGAAGGUUAAGGUGAACUUCUCAGACCGGGUCUUCAAGGCUGUGUCGGACAUCUGCAAAACCUUCAAUAUCCGCCACCCAGAGGAGCUGUCUCUACUGCGCAAACCUCGGGAUCCUAAGAAGAAAAAGAAAAAGUUGGAUGAGGUAGACCAGGAUGAUGGCCUGGAGCUGGAGGGUCCACUGUUGACCCCAGGAUCAGCCUCUGAAAUAAUUUACAUCGGACCCGUCAAAGGGAGCAUCUACUCCAGUCCAGGCUUAUACAGUAAGACAAUGACCCCCACCUAUGACUCCAGAGAUGGUAGUCCUUUGUCUCCCACCUCCGCUUGGUUUGGAGACAGCCCCCUGUCCGAGGGCAAUCCUGGCAUCCUUGCUGUCAGCCAGCCUAUUUCCUCCCCAGACAUCCUGGUCAAACUCUACAAGCCCCAGUCCCUGUUGGACAAAGCCAAAAUCAAUCAGGGGUGGAUGGACUCAUCCAGGUCUCUCAUGGAACAAGAUGUGAAAGAGAAUGAAGUGCUCUUGUUGAAGUUUAAAUAUCACAGUUUCUUUGACCUCAACCCUAAGUAUGAUGCCAUCCGAGUCAACCAGCUGUAUGAACAGGCCAAGUGGGCCAUCCUGCUGGAGGAAAUUGAGUGCACAGAGGAGGAAAUGAUGAUGUUUGCAGCCCUGCAGUAUCACAUCAACAAACUCUCAGUCAUGUCCUCUGACAACCACAUGAAUAACAGCGAGAAGGAAGUAGAUGAGGUGGAUGCAGCCUUGUCUGACCUAGAGAUCACUUUGGAAGGAGGGAAAACAUCCAACACACUGGGUGACAUCACAUCUAUUCCUGAGCUAGCAGACUAUGUUAAAGUCUUCAAACCCAAGAAACUGACGUUGAAGGGCUACAAGCAGUACUGGUGCACGUUUAAGGACAUCACUAUUUCCUGUUACAAGAGUAAAGAGGAGGCACACGGGACACCGGCUCACCAAAUGAACCUGAGAGGUUGUGAGGUAACGCCAGAUGUUAACAUCUCGGGUCAGAAAUUCAACAUCAAAUUGCUAAUUCCUGUGGCCGAUGGCAUGAAUGAGAUCUGGCUUCGGUGUGACACGGAGAAACAGUACGCUCACUGGAUGGCCGCGUGUCGCCUGGCCUCCAAAGGGAAGACCAUGGCUGACAGCUCGUACAACCUGGAGGUCCAGAACAUUCUGUCCUUCCUCAAGAUGCAGCACUUGAACCACGACCCUCAGUUCAUCGAACCCGUCGCCACUGACAUCAACCCAGAGUGUUUGGUGUCCCCACGUUACCUGAAGAAGUACAAAAACAAGCAGCCAGGCUAUGUCAGGGACUUGAUUUCGGCCCGGAUUCUUGAAGCCCACCAGAACGUGGCCCAGAUGAGUCUCAUCGAGGCCAAGAUGCGCUUCAUCCAGGCGUGGCAGUCCUUGCCCGAAUUUGGAAUCACUCACUUCCUCGCAAAAUUUCAGGGUGGAAAGAAAGAAGAGCUGAUCGGAAUCACCUACAACCGUUUGAUCCGGAUGGAUGCCCACACUGGAGACGCCAUCAAGACCUGGCGCUUCAGCAACAUGAAACAGUGGAACGUCAACUGGGAGAUCAAGAUG